AGCUUAGUUCAUAAGGUGUUUACUUGCUAAAUGUCACGGAGUAGUAAAUAGUGCCGUUUUCCGCCUGAAAGUGCAAAGUGAAUGAGUGAAAGCCAUUGUCCCCGACGUGAGUGGGAGUAUGCGGUGGGUUUUGAGCAGCGAGCGUGUUGUGUUAGAUUUAAAUUUGUGACCGGCUACAUUCUGAAAAGGACUUGCAACCGGUCGCAGCUCGAGUGCAAAAUGAAUGUCUUAAUUUGCAUCACCCGCCGCGGCCAUAUUGCGCCAUUGUUCCCAGACAGCUCAUCGCAAUUAUUUAUUUUCGGUUAUUAUCCUUAAUUCUGAAAGUAAAUAUCCACACAUUGGGGCAAACCAUCUACUGGAAAUAUGUUGCAAAAUAGGUCCUAUUUUGGACAAGGAGCUACCACCAAGUGUACCAGGCGUCGUUUCAUUGCUAGGUUCAGGCCGGCAGAGUUUACUACGCACAAAAGAGAGCAUAUGUCGACCAAGGUCGCUAUUGGACUAUUGCACCCGAAUUCAUGGUAUGCCACUACCUGAUUCGGAGGCAUGCAAACCAACUCACAAUUUAUUAAAAGUCCUUAUGGGACGGGAGGCUGGAGGGUCGAUUACAAGGAAACUUUUGAUACCGACCGGUUUCUACAGUAAAACUAAACUAUUAAGGCGGACGUUGGGACAUUUAUCAGCGGUUUAUUGUGUUUUGUUUGAUCGAUCCGGGAGAUAUAUAGUGACGGGCGCGGAUGACUUAUUGGUUAAGCUAUGGAGCGCUAUAGACGGACGAUUGCUAGCUACAUUCCGUGGAGCUUCGGCAGAGAUCACAGAUAUCGCCAUCAAUUUAGACAACACUUUGUUGGCUGCCGGAUCACUAGACAGAAUAUUAAGAGUAUGGGACUUACAAACAACAGCACCUAUUGCCGUUUUGCCCGGUCACACAGGAAUGAUAACGUCCGUGAACUUUUGCCCGUCCCCCCGCGGCGAUUUGAAAUAUCUGGUGACGACAAGUACAGAUGGAUCUGUGGCUUUUUGGCAGUACACAACACCGCGCGGUGGCAAAACUGUGUUUGCUCCGAAGCCGAUACAGUAUCAUGAGAAAUUACGACCGGGGCAAGCCCAAAUGAUUUGUGCGUCAUUUUCGCCGGGAGGAAUAUUUCUUGCAGCUGGAUCUGCAGAUCAUCAUGUUCGUGUAUACUUGAUGCAGGAAGAAGGCCCCAAAAGGAUUCUGGAAACAGAAGCUCACUCAGACGCAGUGGACUCUAUUCAAUGGGCUCACAAAGGAUUGCGGUUUAUUUCUGGUAGUAAGGAUGGUACGGCUCAUGUUUGGUCGUUUGAAUCGCAACAGUGGAAGUCGCUGAAAUUGAACAUGACUGAAAAACUGCCAAAUUGUCCGGAAAACAAUGAGGAAGGUAAACGGCUCAAAGUUACAAUGGUUUCAUGGGAUUAUUCAGACAAGUGGGUUAUAACGGCGGUAAACGAUUUCUCUAUCAAAAUAUGGGAUUCACGGACUGGAAAAUUACACAAAGUUCUCCGUGGACACAAAGACGAAUUAUAUGUAUUGGAGUCUCACCCGAAAGACGAGCACAUUUUGCUCUCGGCUGGACACGAUGGUCAAUUAUAUUUAUGGGAUAUUUUUGCUGGUGUAUCGAUAGCGCAUUUUGUGAAUAAUAUUGAUGGUCAAGGGCACGGUGGUGUGUUCGAUGCGAAAUGGUCUCCAGACGGGACUAUGAUAGCUGCUACCGAUUCUCAUGGGCAUAUUUUGAUGUUUGGCUUGGGGGCAGGCCAUGAACGUUUUAAAACACUGCCGAAAGAAUUGUUUUUCCAUACAGAUUAUCGGCCCUUAUUGCGAGAUGCAAACCAUUUGGUUAUGGACGAGCAAACACAGAUGAUGCCGCAUUUAAUGCCACCUCCGUUCCUGGUGGAUGUUGAUGGGAAUCCAUAUCCGCCUGUAUUUCAGCGGCUUGUGCCUGGUCGCGAGAAUUGUCCUACAGAUCAAUUAGUUCCAAAUAUUGCUGUUGGACCAGAAGGUGUGGAGGUGGUAGACAGCUCGUUAUCACAUAUUGAUAGGUUGAUUGAGGCUUUGGCGAAUAGGCAAGGUCAUGAACAAGCGCCGGAUUCGAAUAACGAUCGUGUGAAUAAUAGCAUCAAUAUUCGAUUGAUGAACAACUCGCCUAGAGGUACUGGAAGAGUCGGUCCUAGGAGAAAUGGAGAUGUUGAAGGCGUACGGCAAAGCAGUGGCAACUGGCAACGGGAAUCCACUUUCAAAUGGAUCCGUCGAAUUUUCGUUCGACCAAUGAAAUAUGCACACUUGCAAAACUUGAAACAAACAGUGUACGGAGCAGGGCAGGAAGAGCAGGAGAUCUACAGAAGAGAAAUGCGUCGACGUCCGAUUAUGAUAAAUACAACCAACGCAAAUACUGCGCUACAGGGCUCAUCGAGUCGGCAGCGCGGCACAAGGAAUGCCAGACGAGGACCGCGACCUGCUUAUCGUACAAGAGCCGUUCGUGAACGGGAAGAAGAAGAGAUACAUGAAGAGGAAGAUGAAGACGAAGAAUCGGCCAGUAAUUCGUCGGCAGACUCGAGUUUUUCCACUGCAGUGAACGAAGACAUGUUGAGUGGAUCAAGUUCUUCUGAAACAGAAAGUUCAGACUAUUCAGAUUGGGUGGCAGAUAAACCUGGUCCCAAUUUGGAACCUCCUAAGCGAUCAAAACGUAAGCCUGUGGAACGAAGAGCUUUCUCACCAAGCAGCGACACGACGAGCCAACAAGGAAACCAGGCGAAUCGGCGGAAGAAAGUUCAAAUACCCGGCACAAAUGGCGAGAUUCCUGAACAAUUUCGCCCACCGGAAUGGUUGUCUGAGGUUAUUCCGCGGAAAGCUCCCUACUAUCCUCAAAUGGGAGAUGAAGUCGUGUAUUUCCGCCAAGGUCACCAACGCUAUCUCGAUGCAGUUCGUGCCAAGAAAGUUUACAAACUAACCAACAGCUCAGAACCCUGGAAUUCACUAACUCUACGAGAUCACGAGCUGUGCAGGGUUAUUGGUAUAAAGUACGAAAUAAGGCCGCCCAGACUUUGCUGCAUGAAAUUGGCAAUAAUCAAUCGAGACGGUCAAAUGGUCGGGAAGACAUUCACCAUUAAAUACCACGAUAUGCCCGAUGUACUAGAUUUUCUAGUGUUGAAGCAAACUUACGAUACUGCAGUCGCUCGAAAUUGGAGUCCCGGUGAUCGGUUUCGAUGUAUGAUUGACGAUGGUUGGUGGAUGGGACAAAUUGAAUCUCGUGUUGCGUUGUCUAAUGAAUUUCCUGAUUCACUGUUUAUGUGUUUUCGUGUACGUUGGGACAAUGGAGAGUAUGAGUACAUGAGCCCGUGGGAUAUGGAACCAAUUGAUGAGAAUCGAUUGCCGGCUGAAGUCGGAGGCGCGGUGCCAGUGCUGCCGGAAGAGCUUCGGGCGACACUGUAUCAACCGAAAGCAGAAGAGUGGCCUCGAGGCGAUCGUGAUGCUUCUUGUAGGCGAAUUAUUGCUGGUUUGGAGUUGGUAAUGGGAUUAGCUAUUGCUGAUGCGUUCUUAGUACCAGUCGACUUGAACAUUUAUCCAGAAUAUGCAUACGUGGUGGAGUAUCCAAUAGAUUUGACUACGAUUAAGGCUCGUUUCGAAAACCACUUUUACCGUCGCAUCACUUCCGCUCAAUUCGAUGUACGCUACUUGGCAACUAAUGCCGAAAAAUUUAAUCAAUCGCAUAGUAAUAUAGUAAAACAUGCCAGAAUUAUUACUGAUUUAUGUUUAAGAAUUAUUAGGGAUCCGAAUGAAGUUGAUGUUGGAGCAGUCUAUCAUCAGCUUGUAGCCACAUACAUCUCAUCCGAUUCAGAAAAUGAAAACGAUAAUGAACCUGUGCCAUCGACAAGCACAGCCCCUCCACCAACAACUAGGAAAGCAGCUGCUUCUAGAAGAUCCAAACGGUUACGGUCAGACACAGACUGGCGAGUUAGUUGUCGUGAAUUACUAGAUCUCCUCGUACAAUGUGACGAUUCAGCACCAUUUCGAGAGCCGGUUGACACUUUAGAGCAUCCUGAUUAUUUACAAAUUGUAGACACCCCCAUGGAUUUAAGAACUGUGAAAGAAGAUCUCCUGGGCGGAAACUACGAGGGACCACUCGAUUUCGCCAAGGACGUUAGGCUGAUAUUUCAAAAUUCACGAAAUUACAAUACAAACAAAAGAUCACGCAUAUAUUCGAUGACACUUCGCUUAAGUACAUUAUUUGAAACUCAUAUCAAACCAAUUCUCUACAAUUGGAAAUCGACCCGGCGGCGAAGCAACAAGUCUAACGUGAAAAAUUCACCCAGUAAAAAUAAGCCAGGCACCUCAAAAAUGGUGACUCGCAGUAGGCCAACUAAUGGAAAUUCAGGAGCUGGUCCAUCCAACAAUAAGCACAUCCACAACACAUCAGAUGAAAGUGAUGGUGACGACGAUGACAACGAGGUGAAUGCAGGACGUGGCUCCACUAGAGCUCGUAGCAAUCGGUUCCCUCGUCGUAAUCUGAAUAAUGCAACGAAUGGUGUGUCAUCUUCUACGCCCAGAAAGCUUAAUGCGGCUCCAGGACCGAGUAAAAGAAAUACUCGACCGAACACCUCACAACAUAGUCAAGAAACAACAAGCGAUUCUAGUAGCACAUCAUCGUCUUCUUCAAGCUCUUCGGAUGACGAUAGCGAGGAAAGCGCUGGAAUUCCGGUAUCGGAACUUGGUCAUUCACGGCGACAACGAAGGCUUCCAGCGCGCAACAAUAGAUCGAAUGACUCGGAAGAUAGUUAUAAGCCGACGGAAAGACGAGCCAAAUCACGGAAGCAACGACGCGCUAAUUCGCCCGUUGUAAGACAAACGAAACGGGCAAGAAACUCACAAUCAGAUGAAAAUCCAGGCAAGUCUAUGCCACGAAAACGUGGAAAAUUCGCGAAAAAAUCCUCUGCAACAUCAGAGGACGAAUCAAAUCCAGAAAGUGAUAAAGUAAGUAAGCAAACAAGAACUGCACGUAAACCACCGUUAGCUAAUGAGAGUAGGAGUCUGAGAAGAACGCGUCAGAACAAUACGGAAGACAGCGAACAUAAUUCCGGUGAGAAGGUUAAUAGCAGAAGUACAACCAAUCGUCAUCGUCAUCAUGAAUCAGAUCACAGCUAUCACUUGACCGAGCGGCCUGGACGCUUUGUCGUUGAGUCGGAUACCGAGCAGGAAGUUGCACGACCUACAAGAGCAAGCGUACGGCGAGCAGUUAUUGAAUGGGGCCGAAGGAAUAGCAUGGAUGAGGCAGAGGACGACGAGGAUGAAAACUCAAGAGGAGCAAGGAGAUCUACACGACGACCACCGGCACGCCGGAAGAAAACUUCAGAAUCUGAGCCAAGUGGCGAGGAGACUAUUACACCUGAAAUUAUACCGAGUAGACGAAAUCCACCUCCAUUACGCCAAGUGCGAACAAAUAGAAAUAGUCGAGUUCUACCUGAUGAUGAGUCUGAUGAUGAGCCGCCAGCAUUAAGUCGACAACAUCCAACUGUUAGUGAGCAACGUUCAAGGCCCACACGAAAUAUUGUAGAUAAUAGAAUUAUUAACGGCGGUAGCAGCGCUAUUCUAAGGACAAAUCAGCAACUUCGCAGUAGGCAAACAACUACCAGCACAGCCACAGUAGGGUCUGUAACUCGGUCGCAUGCAAACUCAACAACAAAUCUUGAUUCGAUUCCGUCAUCGUCGUCGUCUGCCCUCCGUAGCCAAUCGUCGGCAUUUAGAUCUCAUGUACAAGUUGAUCACAACUACGGUGAGCCGGGCCCGUCUACGAUGAGGCAUACGCGGCGUAUGCUUUCUCGUCAUCAGCGAAACGCCAACGAAUUGGAUCUGCUUUGCGAUGAAGUCGAUCCCUUAGAGUUGCCCUCGUCUCACGUCGAGAAUAUAUCGUCGCGAUUGCGAAUGCGCCAUAAUGUGAAUAGUACAACACCGAACGGGAACGUUGUAGAAGACCAUCGGGUCGCAGAUCGACCAGUGAGGCGUGGCAGAAAUACACGACCACGGUAUGAUUAUGAUAAUGAUGAUGACGAUGAAGAGGAGGAAAACUUCGAUGACCCGUCGUCGGAGAACGACGAUCAAACAGAUUCUGAAGAUAACCAGCCGCUGAAGCAAAGACCAUCUACCGGUCUCCGAUCUCGGGCAGCUCAUCAAAUCUCUCCUGCUAAUAAUGCUUCAUCAAGAACGCGUUCAUUGCGGUCGAAACGGUACAUGUCUGAUGAUGAAGAUGACGAGGAUUACGACGACUAUGAUGAGUUUGAGGAUCGUCCGCACGGGCGGAACAGGAGUUCUCGCAACACACGAAAUCAGAAGCGUCCUCGGUACAAUGAAGAUUCAGGUGAAAGUUCACCGGAUGAUCAUAGGCGCAAGCGAAGAGUUGGAAUGCGUUCGUCGUCGCCUCCAUCGCCGCCAUCAUCAUCGUACCGUCAUCGGUACGCGACCGGGAAUGGUUCGAACUUAAGGAUGCAGCAAAAUGCCAGUAAUGAGGAAGUGGACAGCGACAUCGACAACAAUGAGCAAACAGUUAGUAUCAGUAGUCGAGGUCGUGUACGGAAAAUUACUGCCAAAGCUCGAGGCCUUUUCAGAGAAUAGCGGUUACUGCACCACCAAAUGUAGUUUUCUAAUUUUUAAUAAAGAAGUUGCAGAAAUUAAAUGAGGAAAUAAAAGAGAUCAGUAUAUGUUCAAUUCUACGAUAUGAUUACUUUGUCAAGUGUACAUUUAUAAUUUUAUUUCAACCUAAAGAAAGUGUAAUUUAAUUGAAAAUAUGAGUAAUUUAAUUAAAAUGCUUUAAAGUAUA